GCAAGAAGCUGCCUCUCCAACUACAGAACCGCCGCCGGCCACGCCCGUCACUCCAAGGUCGCCGCCGCUCUCCUUUUAGGGAAAACUUGUUUAUAUGCACUGAACUUGCGACUCUGAAGUCAUUUGGUGAUUUGCUAAUUAGCGGAGAUGGUUGAGAGAAAGAGAAAAUCCAGAGAUGAGACGAGGCAGGGGAGGGAGAAGGGCAACAGUAAGUCGAGAAAAAUGUCGAGCAAUAAGAAGGGUGGCAAGGAGAAAGGUAAGAGGACUGGUCCUCGGUUGCCCAACGCGCUCAUGAAACAGUUGGAUCGAAUAAACCCUAGGAGCCGGUUUGAUGACGACGACGACGUCAGCUCGGAUGGAGGGAAAGACCUGUAUGAGUACGAGGAGGAGGUGGCUGAAGAGGAAGCUGGGAAGAACCGCCGUUUCGAUGCUAUUAAAAACUUUGACUAUGAGUUGCCGGAGGAUUUCGUGGAUGAGAAUGUACAAUCGGAAGAUGAUGAUGAUGAUGAUGAUGAUCACAGUGCCAGCAGUGAGGAUGAAGACCAUAAUGAUGGAAAGCAAAGUUCAGGAGCUGCCGAUGAUGAAAAGCAUUUGAGGAUGCUGCAAGAAAUCACUCAGAUGCCAAGUGAAGUUUUUGAAGGCAGGCGGAAAAAGAAUGAAAUUGUUGUAUCAGAGCCUUAUCCAGAAUCGGAGUACAAUCCCAGCAGUGAUGUUCUAGACGGCGUUGGACGUGUUAGUAUUGGUGAUCUUCUGGGGAGUCUUCAGCAAAAUCCUGCUUAUAGCAAACUCAGGAAAGAAAUGCGUCAUGUGGAGGCAAAGAGUAUGCCCCUUGCAGCUCCACUUUCCAAGGAAGCAAUAGACAAGGUGGAGAGGCAAAAAGCAUAUGAAAUAUCCAAGAAAGAUAUCACUAAAUGGGAACCUUUGAUUAAGAGGAACAGGGAAGCCCCUUCUGUUAUUUUCGACAAAGAUAUUGAUGUGGGGUUUUCAACGGUUGGAGCCAUAGCAUCAGAGUUUGAGCCUAGAACUGAGUUUGAGAAGAAAAUGGCUUCAUUAGUUUCUGAUGAUAAGGUUAUGGAAGCUCACAAAGAAGAUGGUGCUAAGCUCCUCGAACUGAAUAAGAUAUCUUCGGAGGAUUAUAAAAACAGUCGGGAUCACAUUGCUAAAAUGCGAACCCUUCUCUUCCGACAUGAAGUGAAGAUGAAACGCUUAAAAAAGAUAAAGUCUAAGACACAUCGCCGGAUGUUGAAGAAAGAUAGAAUGAAGGGAGUAUCUGGUGAAAUGCAGAUGGAUUCUGAAGCGGCUAAAGAAUUGGCGAUAAAGCAAGAGUUCAAGCGAGCUGAGGAACGCUUGACCUUAAGGCACAAAAACAAGUCAAAAUGGGCAAAACGUGUAUUGGAGCGUGGUCUGAAUGCUCAAGAUGAGGGCACCCGAGCAGCCAUUACAGAACAACUCAGUCAGCAUGCUCGUUUGACUAGAAAAAUGAAUUCUAUGAAUGACAGUAGCAACAGUGAUAACAGCAGCGACGAGGAAUAUGAUGAAGAUUCUGAUGUUUCAGAACAAGAUAGAGCUUCUAAGGUGUUGAUGAAAGCAAAAGAAAAGACACAAAGUAUAUUAGAGGAAGAAGAUGAAGUGCCUACAUCCGGAGUUCUUUCUCUGCCUUUUAUGGCACGAGGAUUGAAAAAACGGAAGGAUGAGGCUAAUGAGGAAGCCAAACUUGCGCUUCAAGAGUAUGAAGCCGCACUGGGUCAAAAACAUGACUCAGCUGAUACAAAAACAGCUGCGGGAAAUGGAAGAAGGGUAUUUGGAGGACCAACACAGAAGGUUGCUUUACCAACUAAGAAGAAGAAUUUGAAUGAUAACUCCACCAACAGUGACAGUGAGGCCGAGUUUGAACCUGAAGAAAAUAUUGUUGAUGAAAGAAGUGAUGGGAGGCAGAAGGAUGUUCGUGUCAGCUAUUCCUUGCUUAAUGAAGGCUCUGAGUCUAAUCAGGAACCUCCAUUCGCGGAUUCUGAGAAGAUGGCUGUGGAUGCUGGCCCAAAGACGGCAUAUGAAGUUGCGAUUUUUGCAUCAAACACAUGGAGAAAAAUGAGCGAGAAGAGUGAAGUGGAAGCCAGUACCAAAAAGGCUCCAACCGAUGUUCAGUCUGUUGUGAAGAAUAAACAUCCAGAGGAAACCGGCGAGGAAAGUGAUAGUGACGAUGAAGCACAGAUGAUCGAUGGGAACUUGUCAUCAGGCCGUAGAGCAGCAUAUGAGCUGCCUUCUCAAGCAGAGCUUAUCCAUGAGGCUUUUGCUGGAGAUGAUGUGGAAGAGGAGUUUGCCAAAUAUAAGGAUGAAGCAUUAAGUAAAGAAAAUCCCGAGCCAGAAAAGCCUGUUCUACUUCCUGGGUGGGGCCAAUGGACUAAUGUACAGAAAAGGAAAGGCUUGCCUUCAUGGAUGGAGGAAGAACAUAAACUAGCUCAGCAGAAGAGAGACGAGGCUAUUAAGAAAAGGAAGGAUGCACAUCUCAAGCAUGUUGUUAUAUCUGAAAAGUUGGAUAAAAAGGCUGAGAAACUACACACAAAGUCAUUGCCUUUCCCUUUCACGUCCAAGGAAGUGUUCGAACAAAGCAUCCGUAUGCCAAUUGGACCUGAGUUCAAUCCUGCAACAGCCGUUGGAGCUCUUAACCGACCUGAGGUGUUGAAGAAACCUGGAGUGAUCAUCAAGCCGAUCAACUACGAGGAUGUCGACCCACAUGAGAAGGUGGUGCAGCAUAAGCAAGGGGGUGACAAGAAGCAGCACAAGCGAAAACAACCACCCAAGUCGAAAACCGAGGGUAAGCGGCAUAGAAUGAAGCCGGUGAUGGUGAAAUCUUGAGAAAUGGAGCAAUUCGUAUUCGGUUUUCUGUUUCAUCCAGUUUUGGUAGAAUCCCCUUGUACGUGCAAUUUUUGCCAGGGCAUAGUCAUAUGUGUCAAGAUGUAUUAGAAUGACAGUGUACUGAAUUUAUUUGCAGUAUAUGUUCUCUUUUCUAUGUUUUCGGCGAUUAUGCUCUGCUUUCAGCAAAUCUCGUCAGUUUUGUCAUGGUGGGAGUUGGUCACUGACUUCUAUCAGUGGCACGAAACUACUCCUUUGUGUCUCCUAUUCUCAGUCCUAAGGACAAGUUGCAGAGUCCCCAUUUAUUCGUUACCUCUGUGUAGAGGUGGCAAAUGGAUUGGAUUUAUAGAUUGGUGGAUUGGAUUGGUGGAUUUAUAGAUUGGUGGAUUGGAUUAAUUGGAUUCAAUGGAUUGGUGGAUUGAUCCAUACAUUCAAAUGACUUUCAAGUCUUGGACUAAAAUGUAAAAUGUAAAAAAUUUAGGUAUUAAAAUGUCAUAUAAAAAAAUUUUAGAUGCCAAAACGUAAUUUUUCAAUGAUAUUUUUAGUAUCAAAAUAUAAACUUAAGGUUUCAAAAUUUAAAAUUAAAAAAUUAUGGAUACCAAAUAUGUUGGUGAGAUAUAAAAUCUAACAAAUUUAUGAAUUACCAACAAGCGAAUGAUGAACUAUUUACUCGAUGCUCAUAACUUCAUAAGUUGCUAGUUGAGGUGGCUUGCUAGUCAUACUAUCGAGCCAGCUCAUAGCUCAAAAUGAGCUAGCUCACGAGUUGAGCUCAAUAAGUCAUUGAAUCGAGCUGCUCACGUGCCUUGUGAGCCAAACAUGGUUCAACUCAAGUUCCACUCAUUAGUAAACGAACAAAGUGUCAAAUGAGCUUUUUCCGAGCCAAACGUCGAGUGUGACUGUGAGCAUGUUGGCUCAUUCUGAUGGACUGACAGAAUUGCGUUGAAAAAUUAAUUUGUGCACAAAUUAUUCAACUCGAUGAAUGUUAGAGAGUGGUCAUGUGUUCGAAUCUCCACGAUCCCCAAUAUUAACCGUUGUCUUUCAAGCACAUGGUAUGAUGGGCCUGUGCAAAUUUCAAGCCCAUGGGUUGGCUUUCGUUUGAGGGGGCGUGUUAAAGAGUGGUAUAAAAUCCAACAUAACCUUCUCCCAACAACUCGAGUUAUUGGGACCAACUGAUUUAUCACCUUAGAAAAUUAUAAUUCUGAACAUUUUGACCUUCUUCCCAUCAUAAUUCUAUCGAAUUCGUGAAACCCUUAGAAUUAUUUUCUUCUCGAAUAAAUGAAGUAGUCAAAAUAAACUUUAUGCAUAUAUAUUCUUCUAUCUUAAUUUUACUUCAUUCUUUCGUAUUCUUACCAUGACGCCCAUGCAAAUGGGUUAUAUAUUUUGUAAUUGUUAAUAUACCUACAUCGUUGUAUUGAUCGAUACAGACUUCUCCCACAUAUGUGUAUAUCAUAUCGACCUAAUUAGUAAUUCGCAGUCUUUUGGGAAAAAAAUCCAAAAGUACCACUGUUUAAAAAAAAAAUCCAAAAAUACCACCCAAUCCCAAAAAUUCCAAAAAUACCAUCAUUUUUCAAAAACCGCCACCCCACCCUGCGGUUUACACGAAAACCGUUUGUCGGGGGCGCGGUUUUCUAUGUAAACCGCGGGCCUAGGGGGCGGUUGUAAAAAAAAAAUUGGACCAAACCGCUGGGUGGGGUGGCGGUUUGACCCAAAACCGCCACCCCACCCAGCGGUUUGGUCCAAAAUGUUUUUUUUUUCCGAUCAACUCCUAACUUCGGCCGAAACUUCAAACGAACGUAACUUUGCACUCGGAUAUCCGAUCGAUGCGAUUUUUUUUUUCAUUUCGCAUAACUUUUCAAGAUCUACAACUUUUAGUAGGAUAAAAUUUUCAAAACAGG